AUGUCCUUUCCAUCAUCACAUUUAAUCUACCAUCCAAUCCUUGCUAACAAUAAUACUAACGGCCAACAAGUACCAAUGCCACAACAUCAACAACAACUUCCAAACCUCCACAAUAUUUUCCAACCAGCACAACAACAACCAAAGCCUAUUCACGUUAAGGUUUUAGUGUUUGAAACCAAGAAGGAAGAUCUCUCUGCUUUGGAAACUUUAAAGCCAACUUCUAUUCGUAGAGGUGAAAGAGUAUUGACAAAUUAUGCUGACUUGACUAGAUAUUUGACUGAAAAGUGUGGUUUAACUCUCGAAAAUGCUUUAAUUCGUUAUCAAGACGAUGAAAAUCACUGGGUUGAUAUUUCUAGUGAUGAAGAACUUGCUUAUGGUAUUCAACUUUGUAGAGAAAGUAGAACAAGUGCUAUUAGAUCAGUUUUUAGAAUUGCUGUCAUCUUGUUGAAGAAGGAAGAAGAAAAACCAAGGCAACCAGAAGAAGAAAAACGUGAAUGUCCAUAUUGGAAAGGUAGAAGACAAGGUGGUUGUCCAUUUAGAAGACCAAGACACCAUCCUCUUCCAGAAAAUCAUCCACAUUGUCCAUUCAUGUUCAAAAAGACUAUGGACGGUGAUAAUGUUCUUGAAGUUGAUAUUGAUGUUGAACAAUUGAAGAAUGGAUUGAACGUUAAUGAUUUUGUCAGAGAAAAUAUUGACAAGGUUCAAGUCCCACACUUUGGUGUCACUUGUGAUGGUUGUGGAAAGUAUGCUUUUGUUGGAAAGAGAUUCAAGUGUGAUGACUGUGAUGAUUUUGACUUUUGUGAAGAUUGUUUUGCAUCUGAAACUGUUAGAAAUGCUCACUUUGGUGGUUCUCACUCAUUCACUGAACAACAACCUAGAUCAGCUUGUUUCUUGAGAAAUAUCUUUGGUGCUGAAAAGAAGGAAGAAGAAACUGUUAUUGAUAACCAAUUAUAUGAAGAACAACCAGUUGUUGUUGAAGAACCUGUCGAAGAACCUGUUGUUGUAGAAGAACCUGUUAUUGUUCCUGAACCAGUGAAUGUUUACCAAGUUCCUCAUCCAUUGAACCCAAUUCAACAACCAAUUGUUGAAGAACCAGUUGUUGUAGUCCAAGAACCAAUUGUUCAACCACAACCAACACUUUACCAAACUGAGCUCGCAUUGUUGAGAGACAUGGGAUUUGUUGAUGAAGUUUCCAAUUUAAUUUUGUUGAAUAAGUAUAAUGGUGAUCUUCAAAGAGUCAUUGUUGAUUUGAUUCACUAAAUUACUGAAUUGAAAACCAUGUAAAUCUAACUGUAUAUAAACUUGUAAUUUAAUCCAUUAAAUAAGGUGUUAGUCUU